GAGGGAAUAGCUACGGCAAGCGUUAAGCACCUGAGCGAUAAUUUUUGGCAAGCAGUAGUGCAACAAAACUAAAAACAAAAUGACGCAAGCCGGUUGGUUUCUCCCUUUUUUUGCUACCACACUCGUUGCCAUGUGCUUGAGCGUCAGCUCGUCCGCAUUUCCUACUGCAGCCCCACCCGACAGCCGCUACUGGCGCGCCUCGCCGGCGACCGCCCGCGCUCCGUCCCGCUGCUGGGGUGGACAGCACGCGGCGAGUUACGGCCAUGGCGCGGUGGCCAGGAUGAAGUACCAGCUGCGGGCCGGGCCGCAGGGGCUGGCGAAGGUGAAUCUGACGUAUGCAAACUGCUGCAGCAGCAAUCGGGAAAAGGAAAUCGAGUAUGAAUACGCGUCUCUCGUCAACUACGGUGCGCGCAGGAGCAAGAAGGGGCGGGGGAAGGGCUUCAUGAAGAAAACCUACGGCAACCCGGUGUGUUGGGAUUACCAGGUAAAACGGGUAGUGCGGGCGCAGUACGAGAACUGCUGCGCGGUCCGCUCUUCGUUUUCUACGAACAAGUGCGCCGAAAAAAUCGCGGAGUUCGCCAAUGCCCACUUCGUCGACUUGACCACCUGGGACCAGACGUGGCGGCCAGAGCUGGAGUGGAGAAUAAAAACCGGCUGGCCGAUGUUUCGGGAGAAAAUUCGCGCUGGUUCUUCGGAAAAACGAAGUGCUUCAUCAGCAGAAGAGACCAAGGAAAUGCAGCUCGCCGAAUCGUGCAGUUUAGCUGCGGAAUACCUGGAGACAAGUGUGGUGAGUGGCAGGAUACGUCGAAAUUUGGUCCACGACGAAAUCUUCCCCUGCGUCGCCCAACAUGCGGACAAAACUUCGGCCGAGUCGUCUUCCGAAGUAAUCAGCAAAGACACGAUGCUCACCUCCCUUGGCUUCCACUUUCACUGGGACGAAAAAGUUGACAGCAAGCGGGUCCGCGUUCCGCUUCCAGUGCGUAAUUUGAAGAGCAACCGGACGGGCAAAAGCUAUUCCAAAGCAAUAGAGGUCGCGAAGAAAGCGGCCGUGGCAGCCGCGAGUGCGGUGCCCCACACAACUGCGGUGAAAACGGCGGAUGUGGCCGAAAUCGCGAAGAUAGUCGCUGCCGCAAAGAACACGAAGACGCAGUUGAGUAGAUCCAACAAGCUAUCCACCAUGGAGUGGGUGAAUCCGGUUCAUCUAGCCGUUUUGGCCGAGGUUCUAGUCACGCGAGUGUUCGGCGGAGAAAGUUCUUCGUCGCCGAUUUUCGACGCGCUACGGACGGCCGUGGUGGCGCAGGCGAAGAAGUUUGCUGGGGUCGUGUUACAACCAGCAUCUUCACAGGCAAACAACAGCACCAUGUACCAAACACAGCCGAUGAUUCGUGGGGUUUGCCAAGGGGCUAAGAAGGGCUACGAGGUGGAGAUGCUGCGCUCGUUUUUGCUGGAGAGCCUUCUGAGGAAAGCGGGGAUAAAGGUAGAGCAGGACGAAGAACUACAGGAAGAAGUUUUCGUCGUGGAAGAGGAAAUUGUAGAGCCUAGUACAUCUCCGACAUCAAGAACACCUGCAGUUCCUGCGCCUGCUUCUUCUACAUCAGCUGCCCCGGCAGCUGAAGCUGCUGCAGACAACAACGAAGAUUCCGGCCUGUUCGGCUCGCUGUAUUCCGCCAUCUUUUCCUCUACUGAAGCCUCAGCCCGACCGUCUAAUACAGAACGAGAAUUGCCGCCGCAAGCACCUCCAGCUACCAGUGAGACGGCAGAGAAGAAGUCCCCAACAGGCAAGCCGACGACGUGGACAGCCUCGGUCAAAAACUUCUUUCUUCACACCAACUUCGUGGACAUCAUCGGCACGGACUUCCUCGCCCCCUCCUGGCUCGUCUGGGGCUUCCAGGACUUCGCGACGGACCUGAGGCCGGCGAUGCGAAAUCGGUGGCGGAAAUUCGACCGAGGGGACGGGCGGGGAGCACGGCCAAUAUUACCGCUGUACGACUGGAUAGUACAACCGAACGGUAAUGCAGCACAAAGAGCACGACCUCCACCUGAUGCCGGUGCUGCAAAAACAUCUUCUACUUCACCACCCGCACUUUCUUCCAGAGCAGCGGAUUCGUCGUCCCUCGCCGACUUCAUCUACAGCAACGCUUUUGACCACGCCAUGGAACCGAGGUGGCUGCUUGAGGAGGUCUGGUCCAAAGCGCUUCGGCCUAAUGGCCUUUUAAUCCUCCACUGGACGUACGAGAACAACCCGAUCGGGGUGGAUCAGGUGGAUAUCUACGGCGCGACGAUUGGGCAGCUGUGUAACGUGUUGCGGAAAGCGAACUUCCUGAUCAUCGACGUGUUGCGGAUUCCAGUCAUGGACUUCGUCAUCCCGUUGGAAGAGCUGGACAGCAUCGAGCAGAAGGUGUUGAACAAGGGCGGGCGGGGAGUGGAUGGCGGUAGUGAGAGAGAGGGGGUGUUUUUAACCCCGGGGGAAUAUGUGCACUACCCAAAUGGAACGAGAAAGCCCUACACGGUGCUGAGAAGAGAUGAAGCAGAUUUCGUGAUUGCGAGGUAUCAAAGGUGAAAUAUCCGUGAUGCAUCUUCGUCGCUGACCAGUUGUCCCUGCCGCUUGGAAGCCGUGCAGCUUUGGUGCGCGUGAUUUCUUUUCAAU